AUGGCCUUGCCAACAUCUAGUUCUAUCCGCCCUUUCAAGCUCUCCAUCGCCCAGUCCACUCUCGAUGACUUACAAGCGCGUCUGCAUUUAAGCCGCUGGCCGGACAAGGAGACAGUCACCGAUUGGUCUCAAGGGGUCCCGCUCGCGGCAAUUCAAGAGCUUUGUGAGUACUGGCAAGCAGGAUACGAUUGGCGACGAUGCGAAGCGCUACUUAAUUCGUACCCCCAAUUCACGACAACUAUUGAUGGAGUGGAAUUCUACUUUCUGCAUAUCCGGUCAAAGCACAAAAAUGCUCUACCCAUUUUGCUUACACAUGGUUGGCCUGGAUCCAUUCUGGAAUUCAGACACGUAAUUGAUAAGCUUGUUGACCCCGAAUCCCACGGCGGCUGUCCUGGAAACGCAUUUCACCUUGUCAUUCCAGCACUACCAGGCUACGCCUUUUCUGGCAAGCCGGCGGAGAUCGGAUGGGAUUACCAUCGCACCGCGCGUGCAUGGGCAGAGUUGAUGCAACGUUUGGGAUAUGCAGACAGUGGAUGGGUCGCUCAAGGCGGCGAUUGGGGAGCUCACGUGACCGCGAGUCUAGGCCAUCAAGCAUCGAAAGGAUUGAAGAGCGUUCAUCUCAACUCGAUCUACUUCGAACCUAAGGCAAUUCUUGCUCUGAAAAACCUUUGA